GUCCUCAUGGAAGACUCCAGCUUAUCUGAUGGUAUCGAUGUGGACAAAGGCUUUGCCAUUGCCUUCGUUGUCCUUGUGUUACUCUUUUUAAUACUGAUGAUUUUUCGGUGUGUAAAGUUGGUGAAGAAUCCCUAUGAGGCCAGCUCCACAACCACAGAUCUAUCUCUGAGCUGA